CUUCAAUUUAUAUAAUUGAUUAGGUUAUUGCUAAAUUGUCAGUCCUUAUCAAAGAUACUCACUUGGAUGAGCACUUCAGGGUAGUCUACAUUAUUAACAAUAGAUUUGCUGAUUAAGAAUAGGUAGGAAAUGCAAUUAAAUUACUACAUUCUUUAAAAGAAGAUUUAGUAGCUUCCGAAAAUAAGUCUUGUAAAUGAAUGCAUAAUUAGAAAAGGACAAUAAUAAUGGAAUGUUGAAUUCUUUGGAAGAGACUAUCAAAUUGUUGAAUACUGAAAUUCUACUAUAAUUGAAAGCAAACAUCGAAAAUAA